UCCUCCCUGGAGAAGCCCCGCCCUCUCCGACAGUCCAGCAAAAGUCAACUGUUGGGCGCUAAGCUGAGCAUUCAGAGCGGCCUCCCAGGGAAGGAGUUUCUGUAAGCUUCUGUACAUCACGAUGGUGCGGGCCAAGAGCUGGACCCUGAAGAAGCACUUUGAAGGCUUCCCUACUGACAGCAACUUCGAGCUGAAGACAACUGAGCUCCCACCCUUAAAUAAUGGAGAGGUCCUGCUGGAAGCCCUGUUCCUCUCUGUGGAUCCUUACAUGAGAAUUGCGUCAAAAAGACUGAAGGAAGGCGAUAAGAUGAUGGGUGAGCAAGUGGCUAGAGUUGUGGAAAGCAAAAACCCAGCCUUUCCCACAGGAACCGUGGUGGUGGCUUUAUUAGGCUGGACAUCACAUUCCAUCUCUGAUGGGAACGGGUUGAGAAAACUGCCUGCAGAGUGGCCGGAGAAGUUACCGCUGUCUUUGGCUUUGGGGGCCGUUGGCAUGCCAGGCCUCACUGCCUACUUUGGCCUGCUUGACAUCUGUGGCGUGAAGGGUGGAGAGACAGUGAUGGUCAACGCAGCAGCAGGAGCAGUGGGCUCAGUAGUGGGGCAGAUAGCCAAGCUCAAGGGCUGCAAAGUCGUUGGUGCCGCAGGGUCUGAUGAAAAGGUUAACUAUCUUAAGAAGCUCGGAUUCGAUGUUGCCUUUAACUACAAGACAGUAAAAUCUUUGGAAGAAGCAUUGAGAACAGCCUCUCCUGAUGGUUAUGAUUGCUAUUUUGACAAUGUAGGUGGAGAGUUUUCGAACACUGUCAUAUCCCAGAUGAAGACGUUUGGGAGAAUUGCCAUCUGUGGGGCCAUCUCUCAGUAUAACCUCACUGGUCCACGUUCCCAAGGCCCACCCCCAGAGGCUGUGAUUUAUCAGCAACUCCACAUGGAGGGGUUCCUCGUUACCCGCUGGCAGGGAGACGUCCGCCAGAAGGCUCUGAUAGACCUGAUGAAUUGGGUCUCAGAGGGUAAAAUCCAGUAUCAUGAAUACAUCCACGAAGGAUUUGAGAAGAUGCCAGCAACGUUCAUGGGAAUGUUGAAAGGAGAAAAUUUGGGGAAGGCAAUAGUGAAAGCAUGAAAAAAAUGACAUAAACAUCAUCACCGGAGGAUUAGUUUUCUUUAUUCAUUUGGUACAAAUGUACACUGCCUUAUGUAAGAUAUAACUGCAAGGAAUUUGACCUAUCUACUAAAAUACCUGUGUGAUUUUUUAAAAUCUAUGAUAGAGAAUAAAAAUCUCCUGACAAACAACAA